UCUGUCCUUCCGUCUGGUUGUUCAUUCCGCCAACAUGUCCGGUGUGGUGUGUAACAGAGUCCUUCAGAGAGCAACGCAGCGAUGUCUCUUCUCCUCCAGGGCAGUUCCCUCGUUCUCCAGCCCAUUUCUGUCUCGUGCUCACAGAUUGGGACCCAGUGAUGAUGAUAUGUACCAGCGAACCUCGGUAUCCGUCAUGCAGAGGGAGCCUGGCAGUGGGAUCAUGAUCCACAGCUACAGUUCCCAUGGAUUCAACAUCGAUGGAAAUAGGGUGUUUGGACCCUGUGCUCUGCUGCCUCCUGCGAUCCUGCAGUGGAAUGUUGGCAGUUAUAAAGACAUCACAGAGGAAAGUGUCUCACUCUUCCACAUGCUUGUACCAAGAAUAGAGAUUCUUGUGCUGGGCACAGGGGCACGACUCGAACGAAUCGACCCCUCAGUCCUCGCUCUGCUCAAGAGUAAAGGCAUCGCUGUGGAGGUGCAAGACACGCCAAACGCAUGUGCAACCUUCAACUUCCUGACGAGUGAGCGAAGAGUGACAGCUGCUGGUCUGAUCCCUCCACCUGUCAGCACAGCCCUGGAUGUAAUGUGGGAAUAAGUCCUGUCAUGUCCUGUAAUGUGGUUAUUUUUCUUCUGCACAAAGCUGUUUGUGUGUGUGUGUGUGUGUGUGUGUGUGUGUGUGUGUGUGUGUGUGUGUGUGUGUGUGUGUGUGUGUGUGUGUGUGUGUGUGUGUGUGUGUGUGUGUGUGUGUGUGUGUGUGUGUGUGUGUGUGUGUGUACGUGUACGUGUGUGUGUACAUGUACGUGUGUACGUGUGUGUGUACAAGUGCUCAUGAUGGAGAAUUAGCUCUCAAUACUGUGCACCUGUAUUCUUGUGUAGAAAAUACCGUGUUUAAAUUAUAUAUUUAAAUGCUUCACAUGUGACGAACAAUAACUCUCAAGUUAUGUGUUUGAUGUAUUUUCACGCAUUGCAUAAAUGUAUGAUUGGACCAUA